AUGGAAAGCAACCUCUCUGUGAAAUAUCUAUCUCGCGCGACGUCAACUUUCAUCGUCAAGACAUCGCGUGCUCACUACCGUAUGGUCUGGGCUGCUCUCACAUUUAUGAACCGCAUUCCCAUCCCCGAGGGCUCCAGUUGCAUAUUCAGGGUCGUUCGUGUGAGCGGCACCAUCCGCAAGGCCGAGCAGGAGGCUGUGCGACGCGCGAGGCAGUUCAUCUUAGCAGCCAAGGAGGAUGCAGCGUCCGGUAGUUCGGGCUCCCUCGUCUCCCUUCUUGGAAAACCCGGCAAGGAUGGGGUUGACGCCAUGGCGGAUGAGGUUAUGGAUGAAUCCCUUAGUGGAUCGGAUGGUGAGGCUGAAUGA